AUGAAAAGAAGGGUUGAAGUUAUAAAAAUCGGGUUUUCAUAUAGGACCGAUUUGAACAGGGUUGUUUGCCAAACAACAACGAAUGAAUCAAAUUUGCCCCGUUCAAGUAACUCUGAUGAAAAUGUUGAAGAUUCAUUAAGUUCAGCAGUAACAGUAGGAGUAGAAGGAGGAGUAACAGACGAAGAGGAACGGGGAGAGGGGGAAAAGGUAGAGGCCGGAGAAUGGGAUAACGGGGAAGAAGAUUCAUGUAUCACGAAUCAGGAUCUUACGAAUUUCUUGUAA